GACGUCAGUGUAAAUCCGUCUCAGCGGAUGUUGGCUGUCCGCUGAAGCAGCUAACGUCAAAAACAACUUCAGUCACAACACAGGUCGGCGGUGUUCACACAAUUCAGAGAGUAAGCUGACCUGUAAAACAGUGGUCGGAGCCAACGUGUUGGAUCCAUCCGCGAGCCUAAAUCWGCGGCCAACAUGUCCAGCGAUCCUCCCCCUCCGUAUCCCGGGGGUCCCAGUGCUCCCCUCAUUGAAGAGAAGAAUGGACAACCUGAAACAGUAAGAACUGCUCCUCCACAUGGACAUCCAUUUCCUCCAGAUUAUGGACCUCCACCGUAUGAAGGCCCACAGCCGGGCUUUUUACCCCCACACGUCCCUGGAGAAGGUCCCAUGCCARUGCCCAUGCCCAUGCAUAUGCCUUUGCCAACACAAGGAGGCCCCUACCCGCCUCCGCCGGGACACUUUGCUCAGCCAAUGCCGGGACACAUGGGUCCUGGUCCCAGUCACUUCGUCCACAUGGGAGGACACACGGCGACCGUCCUGGCUCCUCCGGGUGCCGCCACCACUGUGACCGUACUGCAGGGGGAAAUGUUUCAGACCUCGCCGGUGCAGACCGUGUGUCCGCACUGCCAGCAGGCUAUCGUCACCCGCAUCUCUCACGACGUUGGCCUCAUGAACACGCUCUUCUGCCUCUUCUGUUUCUUUGUAGGGUGUGACCUUGGCUGCUGCUUGAUUCCCUGCCUGAUUGAUGACCUCAAGGAUGUGACACACACCUGCCCUAACUGUAAGGGCUAUAUUUACACAUACAAGCGUAUCUGCUAACCACCGACAGCUGUCUGCCACAGAGCCAUGUACAUGUAUACCUACACGAACUCACAGUCCCCUCUGCUGAUAGUGACAGCAGCGUCCUCGCCMUUUUCAUUUAUUUUUUCCGCAUAGUGUUGUGUAAACGCUCUUUUACUGUACUCGCAGUUUUCUCAUCGGUUCGCAGGAUACUUUCUGUAUAUAUCCUGCGUACUUCUGUGAUGUAUAAAGUAAAUUUGAAAUGUAAAAAUCUUUGCUCAGCACAAGAUAAAAGGGCACUAGAAAAAAAAAAAAAACAGCCACCUGGCAGCCUGCAGAUGCACAGACAGUGGUUGGCCUGCAGCCAUUCAUGUGAAGUCAUGCAUGUGAAUGAAGGAAAAAAAAAAAAACUAAAACUGUGAAAAUGUUCUUUAACAAUCAUCUGUGAAAUUUUGGCCAGAAAUGUGUGUAUUCCWUAACACAAACUUAACUUUUCAUUUUAGAUAUUUUGAGUUUAUGUUAAGAAUUGUAAACAUUGGUUGCCCGUGUUUCAUUUUGCUCAUGCUGUUGUUUCCUAGUUURUCCUUACAUGUGUGUAAAAGUACUGAUUUAAACUGCUGCAUUCAUGUUACAUGCUAUAGUUACUUUUAUUCUAGCAUCCAGUCAGUAAGUCACAUUUAGUGACUCACUACUUUUAGGUCCCCAACAAAGGUUUUGUCCUAAAUGUAUUUUUGUUUUGAUAAUGAAGUUAACAUUUGCACUUUACGUUUAAAUACACCUCUUGUUUAUUAAAAGGUAAUCGUUUGGAGAGUAAAAGCAACGCGUUGUUUGGCUUUUACUUCUCUCUUUAGCAGUUUGAGUUAGUUGAAGCACAUUUUCACUUAUUCAGCGUAUAUUGAUGGUGACAGUUUGUCACUAAAUGAGUAGUGCUAAAUGAGUUUGCUCUAUCAUGCUGAUGCACUACUCUGUACUAAAGAUUAUAACGGCCCAGAUAUUUGUAAAGUAAGAGGCUAUUUAAAAGAAUGGGUAUGAAUCUAUCAUUUCACCUCCCAUCAGCCCUUUAAGAUUACCUGCAUUGCAAAGACGCAUGCUAGAUGAAGAGGAAUGUCUUUCAACUGAUUAGAGAUCCUAAUAAGCUUCAAUAAAGUUAAGCUUUUUGCUAAAUAAGUGAUCCUAUUGACUAUUUUAUAAACAGUGGACCAAUGCUGUUACACCUCAGAAUAUAUCCAAUCUAUUCAUUUCUGCUUCUUAGGCCAGUAGUUAUUGACUCCCUCUGACUCAAUGUGACACAAAAAAUGUUUUUAUUUUCAGGAUUUAAAUUAAGUCUGUGAAUUAAAAAAAAGAAAUAAAUGAGAUGGAUUGCCUCAAAAUGU